CCCACGGCACUGCGCGCCACAAUAUAUUAAAUAUGUUGUUUUAAUAAUGCUUGUAUAAUAUCGCUUAAAAGAUACUACGCUCAGUUCCCACUCAACCGAGACUUUGUGCUAAUUUAAAUUUGCAGCGUCGCCAUCGUGACCACCAGGUGUCGCUGGCGGGUCUCCCGCCUAGUCUCGGCGCUGCCGAAUUAGUCGCGGGAGCGCGAAGCGGCGGCGAAACUCUUAGUUUCACCCAGCGCGGACAGCAGAGCGGGGGACGCAGGACAGCUCGUUUUCUCGCCGGAAGCUGCUGCUUCACCUCUACUUUUAAUUGUCAUUGCGGGGGGGAGGGGGCGAGAGCAGUCCGACUGGGCGUCUUUCGCAGCGGAAUGAUGUCCGAGUUCCUGGCGCACCUUCUCGGGGAGCGCCUCGUCCGCAGGGACGGAGCCGAGGUGGACGUGCCGUCUCUGGGCGACAGGGUGUCGCUGCUCGCUCUCUACUUCGGCUGCAGCCAGAGCGGCCCGUGCAGGCAGUUCACCGGCAGCCUCUGCGAGUUUUACUCGCACUUCAGGCGAGCGUCGGAGCACAAGGACGAGCUCGAAGUGGUGUUCGUGUCCUCGGACCAGGAGCACAAGCGCUGGCUGGACUUCGUGCAGGAGAUGCCGUGGCCCGCCGUGCACUUCAAAGACAAGCGCAGAAAGAUGAAGCUGUGGAACAAGUAUCGUGUGACCAGCGUCCCAUCCUUGGUGUUUGUGGAUGCCGCCACAGGGAGGGUCGUGUGCCGGAAUGGGCUCCUGGUGGUGCAGGACGACCCCGAGGGACUGGAGUUCCCCUGGGGGCCAAAGCCCUUUGCUGAAGUUGUAGCAGGGCCCCUCCUCAAGAACACCGGUCAGACAGUGGACAGCAGUUCCCUGGACGGCACAUACGUUGGAGUGUACUUCUCUGCCCAUUGGUGCCCACCAUGCCGCACCCUGACCCGGGCGCUGCUGCAGUCCUACCACAGAGUGAGGGAGGCAGGCCAGCAGCUGGAGAUCGUGUUUGUCAGUGCAGACAGGUCGGAGGACUCUUUUAAGCAGUACUUCAGCGAGAUGCCCUGGUUGGCGGUCCCAUACUCUGACCAGGCUCGGCGGUCGCGGCUCAACCGGCUCUACGGGAUACAUGGUAUCCCCACACUGAUCCUCCUGGACACGGAGGGCCAAGUCAUCACACGACAGGGCCGCAUAGAAGUCUUGAACGAUCCAGCAUGCAAGCGUUUCCCAUGGCACCCUCAGCCUGUGAUGAAGCUGAGUGAGACCAACGCCGCCCAGCUCCACGAGGGUCCCUGCCUGGUGCUGUUUGUCGAUGCAGAGGAGGAGUGUGAGCUACAGCCUGCUCAGCAGCUCAUCCAGCCAAUUGCGGAGGAGCUCCUGGCCAUUCACAAGGCCAAAGAGGAAGACACCCCUCUGCUCUUUUUUGUGGCUGGAGAGGAUGACAUGAGCGACUCCUUACGGGACUACACCAACCUGCCAGAGGCAGCACCACUGCUCACCAUCCUGGACAUGUCAGCCCGGGCCAAGUACAUGUGUGAUGUGGAUGAGAUCACACCAACUGUAGUGAAGCAGUUUGUCAGCGACUUCCUGGAAGAGAAGCUCAAACCAGAACCAAUCUAAAGGGGUGUAAAUGGGACUGAACCUUUUUCGUGUCAUCUGACCUCUUCUCCCAGCAAAGCACUUGUACUUCAGAAUAUUUUAAUAAUUUUAAACUCAAGUCCUUAAAUGAGGUAUUGUUCUUAUGAACUCCCUGAAAAAUUGUCAACUUGAAAUUGUUUCCCCAUUUUAACUUUUUUGAAUUGCUUCUUUAGACAAAAUAUUAAGUGUUGAACAAAUUGAGAAGUUAACAUUAACCAAGAUAAGUGAUAAACAGCAAAGCACAAAACAUUGCACUGUCACCACCACUGUUUUAUUAAAAAAGUGAGCCAGUUAGUUAGCUGGCCCUGAUGUACAUUUUAUUCACCAGUUAAGGAUCAUGCAGAGAGCGAGACAUCAGCCAUAUCAUGUACUUAUAGCCCCAGAAUGAAGCAAGAACAGGGUAAAGGUGUAGUUGAGCACUUCUCCCAAGAUUAAAAGCUAUACUUAUGUGGGGGAAAACAUUUGUUGAUUGCUUUUCUGGAAUACAGGCAAAUGCUAGGUGGGCAUAAUUUAGUGAUGCGUAGUGGUUAGAGCUGCUGCCUUCAGAUUAGAAGAUUGCCGGUUCAAAUCUCACCUACUGCAA